CAGUAUGCGACAACACACUAGCACAGCCGCAUGACCUUUCUUAUUUGGAAAUUGAAAUAUCUAGAAAAUGCAUGUUUGUUUCAGAAUAUGAUCUCUUCAAAGACUGUUUUGAAGAAAUCGCACGUAUUUAGUUGUCUUAAUUAGGUUUACAGAAAUGUUUCGUUUAUCAGUUAUAGUGUGUGGUCGAGGCAUUUGUAAAAAGUUGGCUUCAUCUUUCUCUGGAGAGAACGUUCUACCCUCAAAUUUACGCAUCCCUUCCAAUCUCGUGGACCGUGCAAGAGCAAAGAGGCCUCCUCCUCCAUCAGACUCCAGUCUUCCUGUGUUGAGGAGGUGUGAUGCUGCCGUCCCCGUACACCUGAGCCCAGUACAGACAUGGGUGGAGACGUUGGAGAGGCGGGACAGUGAAACUUUGGGUUUGGUUGACCUCCACCCCGAUGUCUUUGCAGUCCCUACCAGGAUUGACAUACUCCAUGAAGUUGAACUCUGGCAGAGAAAUUUCAAGAGAAUUAGCCAUGCCCACACUAAGGUCAGAUCGGAGGUGAGAGGUGGAGGAAGGAAACCCUGGAGACAGAAGGGAAGUGGCAAAGCACGACAUGGAAGCAUCAGGUCACCUAUAUGGAGAGGAGGUGGUGUUUCUCAUGGACCCAGAGGACCAACUAGUUUUUACUACAUGUUGCCCAUGAAAGUACGUGUUCAAGGACUAAAAAUUGCCCUCAGCUCCAAACUGGCCCAGGAUUAUCUCCAUGUGGUUGACACACUGAACAUCCCCACACCUGACCCACAGUACCUCAUGGACCUCAUCAGAUACCGACACUGGGGGGAGUCUGUUUUGAUAGUGGAUGCGGGUGAAGAGCUUCCUGAGAACAUCCUUCAGGCCACUGAGAGCUUGAAGACUGUGAAUGUCAUUCCAGCCAUAGGCCUGAACGUUCAUAGCAUGCUAAAACACGAGGUCCUGAUCCUCACCCUGGAAGCAGUGAAGUUUCUGGAAAACAAGCUGCUUUGGCACGAUGAACGCUUCACACCGCUGUACCCGUUCAAACUCCCCUACACUGACCUGCCUUGAAGGCACUGGGUGAAGUAAUAACGUCAUGUAACAUAUUCAACGAUCCAAAUGUUUGUCGUGCAUUUUAAUAUGUUCAAUAAAAACUUGUGAAUAAAUUAAUGUUAAUGAUAAAAUAUAUGCAAACUGGUGAUUAAAAGAGAGCCUAUUUAAGGCGUAAGGUACAUGAUGCCUAGAGUCGAUAGUUGUUUGGCGGUAGGAGUCCAUUGGCCAAGUCAUGUCGUAUUUCCCAUCUCAGGGCGGAGCGUUUCUUCUCUGUAGGCACCACGUAGGUGUUGGGCACAAAUACUCUUCGAGGCUUCGGCUGGGGGAAACAAUACAAUAUGUCAAUGUUUUCAGUCAUCGCAAGGUAUUUACCCCCCCAGAAAAACAUUGUUUAUAUAUUUUCUGUUAGGCCAUGUAUGAGGUUUCCAGGGAGCAAUGCAGCACAGCUCAGUGCAUCCUCAGUGGUGUUACUUAUUCCUGUUCAAAUUCUUUAAAAAGUGGACCGUUCCUUGAAGUAUUCACUAAUUUGUCAUGACUGGAAAGGUGGGGUCCUUGCGUUCACCUGUCCAACCAUGUCUAAUCAGCCAUUUAGGAAUGUGAUUGGUUAAUGAUUAGUGGGCAUGGCUAGGGAGGCAGGUUGGCUAGCGGGUAUAAGACAACAGGUCCCAGGUUCAACACCUGAUGCUGAUUUUGUUUUUAAAGAACAGUGGGUUGGGCUUACAGCGAGAAAAGACAUGCCUGGGUCAUUGCCCCCAAGUGGCAGAGAGCGUAACAUGGGUUGCAAUGCAGCAGGUCCCUGGUUUGAAUGCGAGUCCCAUAUUAUACAUUCUCUAUCAACUUGGAUUACUUGAAUAAACAAAUGAACGUGAAAUGUGGUUAUGCCCUCAGAACAACAUUGAAUAAGAAACUCAUCUGUCCUGUCUUCUCUAAAUUAGGGGAAAGAUGAAUCAAAACACAAAUACUUUGUCCAUUUGCCUUACAUUCCACGGAAAUGUGUCUUACACACACGGGGCACCAGGAUACUAAAGGCAAUUUCUUGAAAUAUUGAAUGUUUACAUGCAUAAUUUAUGCAGGACUGUGUCAAACAUGGCAUGGACUAAUGACAUUCUUUUUGGGGGGGGGUCCGUUUAAGGAAUUUUCUGACCUGAAAUAAUGAAUGACAGGAUGGUUACAAGAUUAUAAAUGAAGCAUACUCACUGGUAGAGGUUGGUACGCGAGCUGUUCCUGAAAAUACAAAGAGUGAUUAAUUCAGACAUUAUGGUAAUGCAUCCUUAUAAUUCAUCAUGAUUUGUCCACUACAUGCAAAAAGUGGUCUUCAAAUAAAGUAUGUAAGCCAA